CCCCGCCAUGGUUGGAAGCUCAAGCCCAAAAUUUUCACCUGCUUUGCAUCCUCCGAACCACCUAGCCACGACAACGUAGGUCCAACCUUCAUCGCAUCUGACCGCCGCGUUUCUCGCUGGGCGACUGGGACUCGGCCCAAUCGCUAGACAUUCACUUGUCUGAGCGACCAACCUCCGGAUAGGUGCAGCUCGUGGCAGCCGGCCCACGAGCUCGUCGCGACGGCGCCCACACUUCGAUCUCUCCUCUUCGCUUCUUCAUUACCCCUCCUUCGAAACCCCGCAGCUAGCUCUGCUUUUGUCCGGAAGCCGGUGCUCGACUGCACUCUCGUCUACAUCUCCACUCGCCACUACAGCAAACGCAGGACCAAGAUGCCUCCCAAAAAGGCUGUGCAGGAGGAGAAGAUUCUCCUGGGCCGUCCCGGCAACAACCUGAAGAGCGGCAUUGUUGGCUUGGCCAAUGUCGGCAAGUCCACACUGUUCCAGGCCAUUACCAAGUGCAACCUGGGGAACCCUGCAAACUUCCCCUAUGCCACCAUCGAACCCGAGGAGGCGCGCGUCAUCGUUCCCGAUGCGCGCUUCGACUGGCUGUGCGAGAAGUAUCAGCCCAGGUCGCGGGUACCUGCCAACCUGACUGUCUAUGACAUUGCCGGCUUGACCCGCGGUGCCUCCACGGGUGCCGGUCUCGGCAACGCUUUCUUGUCCCACAUUCGCGCCGUCGAUGCCAUCUUCCAGGUUGUGAGGUGUUUUGACGAUGCCGAGAUUAUCCACGUCGAAGGUGAUGUCGAUCCGAUCCGCGACCUCGACAUCAUCAGCGAGGAGUUGCGGCUCAAGGAUAUCGAGUUCGUCGAGAAGGCUCUCGAGACCCAGAAGAGGAAGACGCGUCAGGGUGGCCAGAGUCUCCAGAUGAAGCAAUGGAAAGAAGAGGAGGCCACGAUUGAGAAGGUCCUGGCCUGGCUGAAGGACGGCAAGGAUGUCCGCAAGGGCAACUGGGCUCCCAAGGAGGUCGAGACGAUCAAUCCUCUCCUCCUCCUGACUGCCAAGCCAGUGGUCUUCUUGGUUAACCUCUCGGAGAAAGACUACAUCCGGAAAAAGAAUAAGCACCUCCCCAAGAUCGUCGAGUGGGUCAAGGAGCAUGCCGAGGGCGACCCCAUCAUACCCAUCUCGGUCUCGUUUGAGGAGCGGUUAACCAAGUUUGAGACCGAGGAGGCGGCCAAAGAGGAGUGCAAGAGGGUCGGAGCGGAGUCGGCGCUGCCCAAGAUCAUCGUACAGAUGCGAAAGGCGCUCAACCUGGGCAGCUUCUUUACUGUUGGCCCCGACGAGGUCCGGCAAUGGACCAUCCGGAACGGCACCAAGGCGCCGCAAGCGGCUGGCGUCAUCCACUCUGAUUUUGAGAAGACGUUCAUCCAGGCCAUCGUGUACAACUAUUCGGUUCUCAAGGAGCUCGGCGACGAAUCCGAGGUGAGGGCGAAGGGCAAGAUGAUGACCAAGGGUAAAGACUACGUCGUCGAGGACGGCGAUAUUCUGCUGAUCAAGGCCGGCGCUGCCAAGGCCUAAGAUUCCGCAGACAAUUGAUACGAAGUUCCAUGACAUACGAGUAAACCGCUGCGCGACCUUUCCUGCACCAGAGCGACUGACUGUUGGGACGGGAUGUCCUGGCAAUCCGGAGCAUGUAGGCUGGUAGUUCAACCCGUAGGCUUGGCGCCGAUGCAGCGCCCAUAUGGAUAGGAUAGACCUUUUGACAGUCCAGGAAUGGGAGCAGAUCGCGAUACUUACACUAGGUAGGUAAUUGAUGCAUCUGGUCGAGUGUAAGAAAGGUAUCUGGUUUGCUGUUUCCGGGCUCCUGGCUGUUUCUGGCUGUUCCCG